AUGACUGUCCCCGAACCCCAAGUCACCCUCGAGGGUGAUUGCUCCACCAUCCAUAGCAACACCCUCUACGUCUUCUCCCAUGGCGACUUUCUAUCAAUAUCGCUCCAAGAGAACCAAACCUGGCACGAAUUGCCAAAAGGAACACCGGUCACUGGCGCUGCCUGUGUAAAGAGUGACGAAGCAUUUUAUGUGGUCGGCGGGACCGGCCCUGCUGGCUACAAUGGCCUGCAAGAGUUUACAUUCAAGACCCAGAAAUGGCAAAACUUGACCCUGGAUGCGGACUCGCAGGUGAUGGUGAACCGAACGGGCCACGGUGCCGCGUACAUUUCCUCCUUGUCCCAGAUUCUGGUCUAUGCUGGUAUGACAGAUGGCAGCACUACCGAAUCCGGGUCAACCUUACUCAUUCAAGCAAAUGCACCAUACAACAUCAGUUCUGGUGUUCCCCAGGGCGCUCCGGCUUUAUAUCAACCCAUUCUUUUGCCCUGGAGUGAAUCUGAGAUUGCCAUGAUUGGUGGCUCUGUUACCAACACGGCUGUCCAUAUCUUUGAACCUGGUAAUGGCUGGAGUCUCUCGGAAGCGACUCUUCCUUCCGCAAUUCCAACUAACUCUCAAUGUACCAUUGUGUCAGACUCUGACAAGAACAUUGUACUCCAGGAGUUCACCAUGAACACUUCACCCAACAGUGUUUCUAGCUAUCUACUCAGCUCCAAGGGAAAGCUACAGAGCCCCGCCACCACCAUUGGCAAGAGGAGUCUUACGGAUUCAUCUUACAAUGCUACAUUAGCCCCAUCCAACAGCUGGACCAACUUUGCCCUCGCGCAGGGGGAUAACAUGGUUGUGCUCUCUCAUGGUGGAGGUCAUGACUCAUUAGCGAUUUUCAACCAGACCUCCAAUAGCUGGGCGAAUGCCACAGAGCUCUUCUACGGAAGCGGAGAUCAGAAUGUUCUCAAGCCAUCAACUACAUCAUCAAUGACAUCGGCUUCCCCAACUGCCACUUCAACUACUUCAGCUUCGACCUCAGCUUCCGCAACGGCCACUCCUACAUCCACAUCUUCCGCAGCUGCCGGUGGUGGCUUGAGUGACCACGCCAAGACUAUUCUCGGCGCAACUCUGGGAAGCGUCCUCGGUUUCGGCCUCAUCCUGCUACUCCUUCUCUUCUUUAUCCGACGCGAAAAGCAAAAGAAACAGCUGCAGUCUGGCAAGGGUGGUGGCGAUAGCAAGGACCGACUCAGCUUCCAGGACCAGGGCAUAGAACCCCUAACUGAAGGCGCCUACCCCAUGGCGAGGUCUCCUGUUCCAGUUGCCGCCGCUUCGACAGAUUCGUUGGCAAUUGUGACUGGACAGUACAACGGAGAGAAAUCUCUCAAGCCACCUAAUGUGAUGGGCUACGGACUAUCCGCUCCUCGUCAGAGCAGCCCGCUCUCCACAAUUCCCUCCAGCGGGGCUAUGGGCGCGUCAAGCAUCUAUACCGAUGAAACAGAAGGAGGCCCAGACUCCAGCAGAAGCAACCAGGCUGGGGAUCGUACCACAGACGAGGGAUGGGGCAAGUACUUCGAAGACAACAACACCACCAACCUAGGCGGAAUGCCAUCUGAUCGCUCGACCAUGAGUUCUAUCUACACGAAGUCAGACUACCGUGGAAGCGCUUGGCCAAUGUCUAAUCUGACACCCUUGAACAUGGGAUUCUUGGACCAACCCAAACCUUUGGGUCGUGUCAUGAGCGCCAGCCCAACCACAGAAUCCGCCUCCGAACAGGGCGGCCGAAGCCUGGUCAUCCCAGAGAGCCAAUCCGCCCGAAUUUCCACAGCAAGCUCCAUCAGCAUGGUCUCGGAAAGUGACCGCGACGAGAACUGGCAAGGUGCCGGCCACUCUAGCUGGCUGGGCCGACCCAGCAGCAGCAACUACAGCAACAGCUUCUACAACUCGAGCACGCGCGAUUUGCCGGGCACAUCAUCAUACACAGGCCUCGUUGACAAGGCUAGGAAUUCAAACGUACGGAGAUCCAGUGCCAUAAUCCCAGAGGACAUCGACGAGCUGCCAAUGCAAGGGCGGACCAACAACAACGUCAAUUCAGAUAUGAGCUGGCUCAAUAUCCACGCUGAUCGUUGA